AUGUCUACUAGGCUGCCCCAACAGCAUAUUGGACCCGACGGUGCCCCAAUAUCAACUCCCAUUUCUGGGACAUCUCCCAUUUACAAGAAUUAUCACCAUGCAGCCACAUCUAGUGGCAAGGAGGAUGCCGAAAGAAACGCGGAUCAUGUUUUCCAAACUGUUUACGACGAAGUGGCCGCGCCGGAACCGAACAAGAGAGGACUCGCGCUCCUCAUGAUUGUCGUGGCACUGGCUUUGAGCAUGUUCCUUACCAUUGUUGCGACAGCAAUUCCAAGGAUUACGGAUGAAUUCGGUGGAAUUGAUCUGGUAGGUUGGUAUGGUUCAGCCUUUUUUAUCACUUUAGGCGGGUUUCAGGCUGCGUGGGGCAAAGUAUACAAAUACUUUCCGUUAAAGCUAUCUUUCCUGAUCGCAAUUGUGCUUUUCGAGAUUGGAAGCUUAAUUUGCGGUAAGUCAACACUAUACCACCUGCUCCAUAUCCGUAUUCUAUCGACUCACAAAAAUCCGCUGUUAGGAGUUGCACCCAAUAGCCUUGCGCUGAUUAUUGGCCGAGCUAUCACGGGUGUUGGAGGUGCUGGCAUUUCUUCGGGCGCCUUCACCAUCAUUGCAUUUUCUGCUCCUCCAAAACAACGACCUGCGUAUAUCGGAAUUCUCGGCGCCUCAUAUGGAAUUGCAGCGGCUGUAGGGCCGCUUAUUGGCGGAGCUUUUACUAGUCAUGCUACGUGGAGGUGGUGCUUCUAUAUCAACCUGCCGAUCGGAGGUGUCUCGGCGGUGAUCAUCUCUCUGUUCUACACGCCACCUCCUGCAUCUGGGGCGGAAUAUCGCGCCCCUGGGGGGAGUUCCACUGUUAUCGGCACCUUGGUUGGCUUCGCAGCCUUGCUUGGCGCCUAUAUCUUCAUUCAAUGGUGGCAAAAAGAUCGAGCCUCUAUGGUCGGCCGUCUGUUUGAACGGAAUGUGAUUGUUGCGAUGAUCUACAUCGACCUUCUAGCAGGAACAUUCUUCCUCCUGGUCUAUUACCUUCCGAUUUACUUCCAGGUUGUUUCAGGAGUAUCUGCAGCGGAAAGUGGUAUCAGAAACCUGCCCUUGAUCCUCGCGCAGAGUGUUGCAACGGUUUUGUCAGGGGUCGCAUUGAGCAAAUUUGAUCGACCUCUGCCCUUCCUCUUGCUUGGGGCCGGGCUCACAGCUAUCGGGUCCGGGCUACUGUACACAUUGGACAUCGAUUCUUCGGCGGGAGUGUGGGUUGGAUACCAGAUCCUCGCCGGUGUCGGGGUUGGCUGGUGCUUCCAAGUCCCCAUUGUUACUGCGCAAGCAACCGCUGCACCCUCCGAUCUCCCUUCGGUGACUGCUAUGGUACUAACUGUCCAAACGCUCGGUGGCUCUGUCUUCGUCUCUGCGGGGCAGUCCGCUCUUGAUAAUGUCCUGCUGAGAAGUAUUUCAAUACUCCCCGGAAUCGACUCGUCGGGGGUUUUAAGAACAGGCGCUACUGGAUUACGCAAUGCAUUCGGCCCCGAACAGUUGCCAGGAAUAUUAACUGCUUACAUGAAAGGCAUUCGAGCCGCAUUGCUUGUGGCGGUGAUCGCAUCCAGCCUGGCAACUCUCGUUGGUAUGGGAAUUCGGCGGGCAAGGCUUGGUGGGAUUUCGCCAUCUGCUGUACCCGUCUAA